AUGCUGUUUGUAGUAGCCGGUGAAGUUCAAGACACCUGCAACGAGUCCCGCUCGCGGCUACACCUUCCAGAUCCGCCGUACGACAAUCACAUCUACUUCGACUGCCGCUCAAGCUCUCACGUCAUCGUCACUAGCCCUUCACCGAGUAGCAAUCUCAAUAUCAUCGGACCGCAUUUGCUCGUGGUAUGGCCCGCAGGUAACAGUGGUCUUGUUGCAUAUUUCGAGCCCAUAGAUGGAGUUAAUGGAACUCUUGCGCCGCACCUUGAAAACUCGACGUCCACAGGUAGCACGUUGGAACUUAUCUAUGAGCCCGUUCAGAACAGCAACCAUCACGUCAGGGUGUCUAAUUCCAUUAACUUUAACGUUCCCGUCGUUUUGACAAUCCCCAUCUUCGGAAGCAUUCGCACCAUCCGCGACUUUGCUGAAGGACCCAGUAUCCUCGAUCCAGAUGUACAAGGUGGUCUACGGGUUUCUAAGUCAGACAGCAAUGGUGCAACCAUCAACCGAACUUGGUUUGACAAUGUCACGACUACAGUGCUGGCAUUCACCCCCCUUGGAGGCGCACAGUCUGUAACAAUCGACCCAGAUAACAAUUCCCUGAUAUUCAGCGUAGGAACGUAUCAGUUCAAUGCCUCUUUCAACUAUCCCCACCUCGAACAACUCAACCAGUCGGAAGUGCUGAGCCCUCAGUCAGCCGGCUUGAUCCAGCAGCAACCAGACCAAACGACGUCUCUAUCUUUUCUCUCCUGUGAGGACAAGCUCCUAGCGGGUACUUGGCGGUUCCUGACCUACUUUGGCCGAGACAGCCUGAUUUCGAUGCUGCUCAUGCAGCCCAUGCUCAGCGAGGGUGAGAACGGUGCCGUCGAGGCUGUCAUUGGUGUAGUGCUUGAACGUAUCAACCGAACAGAUGGCACAGUUUUCCUUGAGGAGGUUAGCCAGAGUGGAAUGAGUCAGUCUAACUUCCUGGUUGAGAGGCUCAUUCAAAAGUUGCUGACAAGCUUAUAG